GGCGAUGAUCGAGGACGGGAACAACACAAGCGCGAGGAAAGAGGACGUGAUUAUCGUGCUGGUGGCCAGGAAUGACCAGCGACCGAAAGGCGAUGGGAAUACAGGGGAGGAAGUGGCGAAAGACGACCCCCACCCGUGUGUUUUGGCUGUAAGGUAGUCGGCCACUACCGUAGUGAUUGUUGGCGGUUUUGGACCCAUGAGGAAACGAGACGUCAAAUGGAGGCGGACGGUUAUCGAUGUCCCCCCGAAUUCGCGAGGCGAGGACGUUCCAUCUCACCUCAGCGACAGAGACCAGCGCAGGCGAAACGUUCACCAUCUGAAGAACCGAAGACAAGUAGCCAAAUCGAAGACCUUGGUAAAACCGUGGAAGCAAUGAAGGAAUUUGUUGAUUUGGAGAUGGCACGCCGUGAAGCUAAGGAAAUGAGGAAACGUGAGAAAGAAGCGGCAAAGAAACGAGAAGAGGAAGAACGUGUAGCAGCGGAGGAAAUCCGUGCGGCAGAAGAAUUGAAGCGACAGAGGAAGUUGGAAAAGCAGAGACGGCGAGAGGCAGAUCGUGAAGCUAUUACGAAAGUUGUAGAUGUUCAAGUUGCGCUGCGGUUGAAAAACAUACCGGAAGUGUUGAAGAACGAAGUUCACCAUGUAGUGCGGGAAAUUAUUCCUGACUUGAAAGGCAAAGGAAAAGUUGGGGAGGAGGGUCCAUCUACCUCAUCCUCGGCCGAAGUGCUGAAUGCAAUAGAAGAUAUCACCGGUGAGACCGAGAACCUACAUAUCUCCGAGAAAUGCAAGAGGGGAGAAGAUACGCCGGUGGGAGAUAGUCCGUAUGUCACUACUCCAGCAAAACGUACUACGAAGUGGGCGACGAGUCGACCACUUCGCCUCACGGAGCGCUUGUGUGCGCGUAACACGCAGAUGAAGAGUGCUCAAGUACGGAUGUCACGGAAGGCAUUGACUGGAAUGAAGGCGGCGCUGAAGGACACAAAAUUCGAGAGGCUGCAAUUUCUGGAUUCCGAGCGACGGGAGCUGAUAAACUUGCACCACAAUGAGAUCAAGGCUAUUUGCGGACGGGAAGGGGUGGUAUACAAGAUGAAGCUUCAGACAAUUUUUGAUAUUGCCGAUCGGCGAGCAGAUGUUAAGUUUGGUAUGUUGGCGGCCGAAGAUGCUGUGGUUAACCUCACGUCAGAAUUCGAAGAGCAAGCUGAUGAUGGAAACGAUAACUGAAGAGGCUACAGUUUGGAAGAGAUAUGUGAGUUGUACGAAGUUCUAGUUAGCUAUCGUGAGAAGUUUCCUUCGGUGAACAAUGAAAUUGAAACAUUAUAUAGACUUCUUGUACUGUGUUUGGCACUCUCUGGUAGGAUUCGAUGGUUGGAUAAAUGUGUCCCAGCAAG